AAUAAAAAUAAAAAGUAAAAAUAAUAAAAUAAAUAAAUGAAAAUGAAAAAAAAAACAAAAGCAACAAAACAAUUGGAAAGGAAAUCAAAGAAAUACAAACAGUUUUGCCCCCUUUACAGAAAGAAGUGUUGCAUUGUGGGAUGAGACAGUCAUGUUUAUUACAAAAUGCGGCUCAACAGGGAGCCGGUAAUUCCGGAGGUCCGUGAACGCAGCGCUCCUCCUCCUAUCAGCGCCAUCAUUGUGCUGGUGGAGCCCGUAAUUCCGAGGGUCCGUGAACGCCGCAGCGCCAUCAUUGCGAGUCCGAGUCUCGGGGAAUUAGGACGCUCUGUUUCUGUUUUCUGUUUUCUGUUUUCUGCAGCAGAAAGGAUUGUUUUAAACCCAGAAAACCCCCCACAACCUCCAUGUUUCUCCUCAGACCUCCUGCGGACCUGGAUGUGAUAUAUGUUCGGUAAAGGUGCGAAGCGGAAACUGGACGAGGAUGAAGAGGGUCUGGAAGGCAAAGCGCUGGCGGCGUCGGCGGCGGGCGGGGGGCUAGCGGGGCCAGCGGGGCGGGGCCCCGGCGGCCCUGGUACCCCGGACGGCCCGUCCCGCGUCUCCUACACGCUGCAGCGCCAGACCAUCUUCAACAUCUCCCUGAUGAAGCUGUACAGCCAGCGGGCGCCGGCGGGGGGCGAGCCGCGGCUGGAGCGCCGCCUGCUCAUCAGCAACAUGCUGCGCCGCAUCCAGGACGAGCUGCGUGCCGAGGGCGAGCUGCGGCCGCUGCUGCUGCCGCCGUCGCCGCCGCCCGACGACCCGCUGGACGAGGGUUUCCGCGAGGCGCCGCCGCCCUUCGGCGCGCUGCUGAUGCCGCCGCCGCCAUCGCCGUCGUUGCCCCCGCCGCCGCCGUCGUCGCCCCACCCGUCGGUGGCUCCCGCCCGCGCCGAUGCCGGCCUCACGCCGGCCUCGCUGCUGGAGGACGACGGGGGGGACGGGGCCUUCGGCGGCUCGUCGCCGCCCACCCCGCCCCUGUCACCGCCCCCCGCCACCGCCACGGCGGCGGCGCCCGUUAGCCACAUCCCCCCCAGCCCCGCAGCCAUAACACGGACAGCAGCCAACACGACCACGACUACCUCCCCCCACAGAGACUGUAGGCCCAGACCGGAGGCCCCGCCCCCGUUCCAGGCCCCGCCCCCUCCGCCCGACGGCCCCGCCCCCCCCUCGGGCUUCCUCUCGGACUUGGCGCUGGACGACGUCCUGUUCGCAGACAUCGACACGUCCAUGUACGACUUUGACCCGUACACCAGCGCGGCCGCCGCGGCGGCGGGCGCGGCCGCCGUGGGCGUGGCCAAGCUGGCGUCGCCCGUGGUUACGGCCGACGACCUGCUCAAGUCGCUGGCGCUUCCCUACGCCGGCCCCGCCCCCCCACAGGUCUCAGCCAAUCAGCCUUUCAAGAUCGACCUGACGGAACUGGACCACAUCAUGGAGGUGCUGGUCGGGUCGUGACUCCAGUUCCUCUUCUUCUUCUUCUCCCUCCAUUUUUUUUAAAGACUUAAAGAAGUCGGUAAUUGUAAACGUGGAAGCUGAUGUCAGAAACUACUGCGACUACUUCUACCCAACACUGUGCAUGAACCUGCAACCGGGAAACAAGAGACUGUAGUAGCUGAGAGGACCCGUUUAUA